AUGGACUCAUUCAAGGCCUUAACUGAGGACUAUCUAGAUUAAUAUUUGGUAUAUUACUAAGGCUAUCUGCUAGAUUAAGAUGAUAUGGACGAAGCUAAUAUUGAAAAUGAGUAUGAACUGAAGAAGGACAUUGCUUUUGAAAACUACUAAUAGUAUUUGGCUCAUGAAUUAUCAUCAAAGCCUAGAUCUAUCAUCAAUAUGAUACCAAAGAAUACAGCGCAAGAAGAAUCUCUAAGUUAUUAAUCUAAGUAUGGUCGAGAUAAUGAUAGAGUGAGGGGGGGUAUGAAUUAAGGUAGAUGGGGAGAAUAUAGAGGAAGAGGCUAACCAUAUAGAGGGUACGGUAAUGGAGGAAACUACAAUAAUAAUUCUAGUCGAGGAGGGUACAGAGGUGGUUUCUCAAGAUAGUUAAGCUGA